AUGGAGGAGGGGAGGGCGGUGGGGUUGGCAGUGCAGUCAGUGGCAGCAGACCACACGACGCAACUAGGCCACCCGGCGCCCCCUCCGGACGGCACCCCUGCGCCAGUGCAGUGGCUGGAGCACCUGGAGGUGCUGCUGGUGGUGGCAGGGUCGCAGCAGGUCCUGGUGCUGUGCCGCGCACUGCAGGGCUCCGAGGCUGCUCUGGAGCCCCAGGAGUUUGAAGACACACGCGUGCUCAAUGAGGAGCGUGUGUCGCCCGCAUCGCUACCUGAUCCCGAUGCUUCUCCUCCUGCUGCUGAUGUUCUUGGUGCUGCUGGUGCUGUUGUUGGUGCUUGCGGUGUGGGAACAGGGUCGGGUGCAGCAGGGGAAGCGGCAAGAGCUGUGGCCGAGGGCGGGGGAGGAAGUGCGGGGGAGAAGUGGCCGACGAGAGUUGGGGGAGGGGCGUCAGCGGAGGAGCAGGGGGGCACAGGGGGGGAGAGGGCAGUGGCGCGGGACAUAUAG